AGCCGUUCACAGUCCCACGACCUGUCCUUGCCUCAGCACCAGCUGCAGCAGCCCCCCCCCACCCACCUCGAGCCAUGGCAUUCAAUGGAACCUGGAAGGUUGACCGCAGUGAGAACUAUGACAAGUUCAUGGAGCAGAUGGGUAUUAAUGUGAUGAAGAGGAAACUGGCAGAACAUGAUAACCUGAAGAUCACCAUUGAACAGACAGGGGACAAAUUUCACAUUAAGGAGUCCAGCACCUUCCGCACCAAAGAUAUUGACUUCACCCUGAGUGUCCCGUUUGACUACGCCCUGGCUGAUGGCACUGAAGUAUCAGGUGCUUGGGCAAUGGAGGGGGACAUGCUGAAGGGUACAUUUACCAGGAGAGACAACAGUAAAGUCCUGACCACCACCAGGUCCCUCGUGGGUGGAGAACUUGUGCAGAGUUACAACUACGAGGGAGUGGAUGCCAAGAGGAUUUUCAAGAAACAGUAAACCAGAACAAUGUGAAAUGUCACUUUGGGACACAGGUUUCUGUUUUUUGUACAAGACAAGUUGAGAAUAUUGAUGUAGUAUUCUUCCACUUACAUUUGAUUGUGUAUACCUCAGCCUGCUGACAAACUCUGUGAGAAGUUUUAGCAGAGACACGGGGUGAAUGGACCACUGCCUCCCAUUCUAGUGUACUAUCACACAUCUAUUUGUCUUGAAAAGAGUAGCUAAGCCAAGAAAACUACUGUCCCAGCAUUGAAACAGGGCAUGGUAUCAGUUUAAGUGGUGAUACGUGACUGAUUUAUUUCAGUCUAGUGUUAAAAUUAGUUCCUAUAAUGGAAACUCGGCAGCUGAUUUUUCUUGGAAGGACCACCCAGCAAACAUAAAAACAUCCCCAGCAUGUCCCCUAAAGGUCCUUGCCGAACAUCCGGUAAAUGUCAUUGUUUGCAUUGCAUCCCUAUGACGUCCCAGGGUUUGCAUUACGUCCCCAUGACAUCCCAGGGAAGACUAGUAGAUUUCCUCUAGCGUCCCUGUGAUAUAACAUCCCUGUGACAUCCCGUGGACGGCUAGAAGAUGUUCCCCUAAUGUCCCUGUAAUAUUGUCGGGGUCCUGCAAUAAUGUCCCCAUGACGUAAUGAAAACCCUACACAAUGACAUUUACCAAACGUUCGGAGAGGGCCUUUAGGGGACUUGCUGGGGGCUUGUUUUUUUUUUUUUUGCUGGGCAAUCCUCUGUCCUGAAAACCUUUCCUCCAGGAAAAGACCAUCCAAAACAGGCAACCUCAUUAGGAUACUGCGCAUUUUUCCUUGACAAUAUGAUGCAAUAAUUGUGUGCUCACAGCUGACUUAAAUAGAGCAUCUUUUGCAAAAGGUUUCGACAUGCUUGUGGUCUGUCAGAGUAAACAUCAUAUUCCAGUAACAGCAGUUAUUGUGAGUUUUAAUUUCUGACGUUUUUAGUCUGUCGUACUUAUUUGAUCAGAAAUUAGGAGUGUAUAGCAUAUCAUAACACAUGAACAUAAAAUGUGGAUAAGGAAAAAUAAAUGUCUA